CAUUAAUAAUGAUCUGCUACUACCGGCUGUCCACUUCAUUCGGCAGGGCUUGGCGAUGCUUCCUUCAAAAGUCGGCGACACAUUCUUGUUUUCCUGAACACCUUCCUUUAUGUUCAGUUAUGGCAAAAACGACUGCAGUGGUGCGCCACAACAUAAUGCUAUCGUUUCCUCCUCCAUCAUUGUUGCAAACAUAUCAGCCAUAUUCACGAGCUACUUCCAUGAUCGAGGAUUUGCACUAUAUGCCUGCUGCAGAGGAACAUGCAGAGAAUAUUAUGGAACUGCUUCAAGAUCAAUUCCGCAAACAUGAACCUAUAAACGCAUCGAUAAAUGCCACCGAAGACGAUUUGAUUGAUGUCUUUCGAGAUGACGUGAAGUGUGCUUACACAAAUGAAAAGUACGGCACAUUAGCAUACGAUGGGAAUCGACUGGUGGGCAUGUGCUUAUGCUCGAUGAUUUUGAACAAGUCGAAGGAUCCAGUUGAGCUUGAUAUCAAAAACCUUCCAGUAGAAAUGGACAUAAGAAAGCAUGACUUUGCGAAAGACAUUCUCAAUGGACCCUACAAGCAACAUAAAGCAAAUCAAAUAGUCGUUUUCGUGCGUACGUUAGAGGAGAUAAUGCAACAAAUGCUGUCCAAAUAUAAAAUUCUGAAGAUGAAUGUUUUGUCGGUUCACGAGGACUGUAUGGGUAAAGGUUUGGGCAAAGAACUUAACCGACGAGCCAUUCAAAUAGCAAAAGACGAAAAGUGCGAUUACAUAGCAACUGUUGCAACGGCAAUGGCGUCACAAGCCAUUUUCAGAAAGUCUGGCUGGGAAAUUCUCUACGAAGUUCCAUAUUCAGACUAUUGUGAGAAUGGCAGUCCAGUGUUCCAAAAACUUCACGACGGCUGUAGAAAUUUGGAAUUACGAGAGUCAGCUGCUUCUGAAGUCUUUCAAAAUAUGUGAUUUGCCAGUGCGCGCUGCCAAGUUUAUUUCACGCAAAAACUGUAUUGUUACCGGCUCAGAUGACAUGCAUGUCAGAAUUUUCGACUACAGCACCUCGCACUAAGUCCACCAAUUUGAGGCUCAUUCGGACUAUCUCAGGUAGGUGGAAUGGUG